CUUUGAUAGAAUUGCAAAUGGCGGCACUUGUUAUUGUUUCAUGGCGUUGAGGAAACAAGGUCAUUUCUAGGAACAUUUUAUCGCCUCCACAGGCGACUCCAGUUGAGGAUGGGUCCACAGGAGGACUACAUUGAGACUGUGUUCACCUGUGAGGGGGAUUUUCACGACCCACACCUCAAGGAUCGACUAGAGGACUUCAAGCGCAGUCUCAAAGAUCUACUGCUCACAGACAAGAACAAGUUGAUCCUGAAGAAGGUUGAACCUUGGAACAGUGUCAAGGUCACAUUCAAGAUUCCGAGAGAAGCAGCAAUUCGUCUCAAGCAGCUAGCACAGCAGGGCAAUGCUACAUUGAAAGAGUUAGGAGUGUUGGCAGUUCAGAUUCAAGAUCAGAACAUUUCAUUGACUAUUGCUGGUAAAAACAAUGAGCACACACAGCUUGUGUUUAGAACUGCAGAUUCAAGCCAAGCUACUACACCGACUGUAUCUGUGAUUGGAACAAAUUCUCCAGCUUUGGAUGGUCUAAGUCCUCAAGGCCCUGGCCCUGGGCCUAAUUUAACAGAGAAAACCAGUCAAAAUAUAGCAGAAUACUUAAGACAGCUCUUACCCGCUCACAUAGCUGAAGCACAGAAAGCAAAAAAUAACUUUAUGCCAUUUCCUGGUUUUGAACCAGGAAAAGGUUCUUCUCAUCCACAUGCCAGUGUAAGUGGUUAUCAAGGCAAUGCAACUAGUAUGAGUCCCUCCAGUAAUGCCAUUAGCCCAGGUCAGAGCACCAUGGGUGGUCCUAGUGGGAUCCGGUUCCCGCAUGCGCCGGGAAUGCCUCCGGGACUCCAACCGGGCUUGAAGCAAGCUCUAGACAAUCUCCCUCCACCACCGCCUUACCCUGGGGAAGGCAGCGCACACCAGAAUAACAUCCAGAAGCUUCGGCUUGGCCCAACGACCCCCAGCACUCUUCUUGUGAAUUUGCUUGAACCAGCAUUUGCUCAGCUGUUGAAUGCUGGGAAAUUGCCACCAGGGCUUGAUCCUGAAACUAUGAAACCUGCAAAGAAAAAGAGAAAGCCCAGACAGCCAAAGGAGAAAAAAGAGAAGAAGGGAGCACAGACUGUUUCAAGUGUAUCUGGUGUUUCAAUGCCUACAACUACCAUGGGCAUUCCGUCUGCAACUGUCCCCUCCCUGGCCUCAGCGAGGCUUAUGAACAGUGACUUAAAUCCCUCAGUGACUGAGUCUGGUUUUCAUAAUGUUCCUCAGGCAUUGUUGCAUAAUACUUCUGUUCAAAAACGUGUGCCAUUGACUAGCCCUGUGACUCAUGGAAGAAAGCAUGAUGAAGAUACUGCUGGUAAAAUUAUAAACCCUGUCACAGGGGUUCUGGAGCCAGUUGAUCUGUCAGAUACUAGUCCAGCUAAGAGUGAUGGUGAUAAGAAUUCUCCUAGAUCUCUACAGGGCCAGAAAAAGCCAAGCUUAGGAGAACUGAAAAUUGAAGAUUUGAGGAGAACUCCUAAUCUAAUGGGACGUCCACAGGGUAUGCUUUCACACCCAGUUCAGAACAUCCAAAGACCAUUAAGUGAACAUCCAAAUCCUCAUUCAUUGAUGGCAGGUGCACUAUAUGUUUCUAGUCAUAGUGUAAGUAAAGACACAAGUGGAUUAACACCUCAAGUUCAUUAUCAGGAGGCAUUGAAAAACAGCAAUCCCAAGUCUCACAUGAAGAAUGACAUUAUGCCACCUGUAAACACGCUGGAGCAUAUGUUACCUGCAACUCGUGUGGGUGCAGGUAAUGGUGGCAAACCUAUGUGUGAUAAAAUAAGUGCUGUGAAUGUUGGUGGAAAACAAGACACACUGCAAAGAAGAAUGCAGCAAGCUCAGGAAAAUGAUGUUAACACAAUUCCCAUUCAGUUGCUCAAUAAACCGUUGUUGCAAGUGAAACAUGACAGUGCAUUACGUACAGGAAAGCCUUCAGGCUCUCCGGACAGUAAUGGUGACUCUGAGUGUUCCACACAAAGUAUAAGUCUUGAUACUCAAACUUGUCCUGACCCGAGCGGUCCUUCAGGCCUUCACAGUGAUCACCGGGCAUAUAAUACUGAUUCUGGUGUGGGAAGCUGCUCAGAGCGUUCAGAUGUUUCACCCUCAGACAUUAUUGACACUGACUUCAAGGCUGGAAGUGUGAAUAUAUUUGACACUUGUGCCAAACCGUUAGGUACAGAACCUGUGAAACAACAGGUUGUGCAACCUUCAACUAAAGUGAUGACUGUUGGGUAUGCUUUAGAGGAAACUCAUGUAAAGAAAAUGCCAGUAAAAAAUCAUAAAAUUGUCUCAAUGCAAAGCAGUGAAAAAGACAAACCUUUGCCUUUAGAAUCUGUUCGGCCAAAAACUGAUACCAAAAGUGAUGUGUGUUCAACUAGUCAGUCUCGUAUGAUGAAUAUGACACCCGAGGAGAGACAGAUAGCCAAUAAUGUAAAGGAAAUACUAAAGAAGGCUGCCAGCGAGACAUUGAACAGGAAGUCUCCCAAACUGGCCACCCCUGGACACAACUCUGUUCCUCAUAGAUCAGAGGGAAACCACAAUGCUAUGCAAGGGGCUGAAGUGAGUAUGCCGAAGAAGAAGUCCAGCCCUAGGAACAGUCCUCGUAAUCCUGGGAGUCCCCGAAACCCUAGCAGUCCCCGAGGCGGGGCCAGUCCGCGCACCUCAGAUGGGGCUCCCUCGCCCCACCAGGCCUGGCAAUUCCAUCCAAACCAGGACCUCAUCUCAGCCCACCUGGCUGCCCGGGAAUCUCAGAGCAAGUCGCCCAUGCGUGACAGCGGCCGAGCUCCUCUUAUGGAGCAGAGGAGGUCUCCCUUUAACAUGCUCCCAGACUUGUUACCUGCGCAGCGCUUGGGUGGGCAUGUGAGCAGUGAGACUGUCCCUCAGCCAGGGGAGGUACUUGAGGCACUCAGUAUGCGACCACAGUGCAAUAUGGACAAUAUAGCCCUGUUAAAGUCAUUAGAGGCGUAUGCACAUCCUCAUCUCAAUCAGUUGAACAUGAUGGCAGCUAACAAAGACCCAGCUUUAAUUCAGAAAAUUGAGGAAUUACGGCCUCUGUUCAAGUUGCACAAGCAGAUGUCUGUAGCCUCUGCUGCAGUAAAUGGUUUAGAGAAUAUGAAUCAUGUGCAAUGUCCUGUAAAUUUGUCUGUGUCCACAGUUAAGUCUGCAAACAGUACUAUGACUAUAUCAGAGGCAAGCACAAGUCAUAAUACAAUUGUGGCUAGCAGUGUAAGCAUUGGGCCUUUUGGUACAAACAUUCUUUCUACAACAGUGACCAGUGCAAGUAGUGUGUCAAGCAUGCCCAAAUCUAAUAAAGUGAACUCUGAUGAACAAAAAGCAGCACAGCAUAAACGGUCAUCAGCAACUCCCAAUAGUUCAAACCCUACUCAUUCUCUCCCUGCACCAAGUAGACUUACAGAGUCAGUGCAGAAACUGUUAAACUUUCCAUUAAUAGAUCAUCCAAACACAAGCCUACCUCCAUCUAACCGAAGAUCUCCGUCAUGUAGUGGUAAUGUGACACGGACCAACGCCAGUCACAUGGUCACAACGCAGUGCAAUUCAGUUGUGCGGGGAUCUGUGUCACCAACAACGCAUGUUGCCAUGGCAACAUCACGUCACCAGGCGUUGGACAACAGCCACAUUGACCUUGAUUCUAUCACACCAUCCAUUUCAGGGUUUGGACUAGGACCAAUGAAUUUACAUUUUGAUUCCCAAAUACCGUUAGACUUUAGUAACCACUCAGACAGUGCUAGUUUUCCCAGCUUAACAUCGGUAAUGGCAACAUCUUUGUCAGGCUUAUCAUGCCCUGUUAUCAGCAAUGUUGUGUCUGGCUCUACCACUAAACUUGUGCCAGCAGUCACCGGAUCUAUCACAUCACAUACCACAGGAGUUUCUGCAGCAAGUGUUAAAGUUAGUCCUCAGUCAAAUAAAGAACAAAUCAAAGAAGCAGCAGUGAACGCUCCAGUCUUGCAACCUGCUGAUAAAGUUGUGUGCAAUAGUGACUCUAUAACGACAGUAAGUAGUGUCAGAAAUACGCCAAUAUCUAGAACCCCCGCCCCUUUAUUGAGUAGAGGCCCUCCUAUUUUGCAGCCGCAAACAACACUGUUGCAGUCAGGCAGUCAAAAUGACUCAGACUCUAAGCUUAAAACUUCUCUUUCACAAAUGGGACUAUCAGAAAUGCUACAGGAGACUGCAAAUAUUAAUAAAAAUGUGAUUGAAAAGCAAGCUGUUAUAACUAAAGCCCCAGCAACAACUCUACAAUCUAGUCUGCCCUCACAGCUUAUCCAUCAGGCACAGCCUGGUGAAAAUGUAAUGGAACACUUGAAAAACCACAUUGAAGAGCAAAUAAGGUCAAGCAGUCCUGGUAAUGGCAACAUUGAAGUUAAAAAUACAAAUUGUGAUGCGAAAAGUAAUACAGAAACACCUAAACUUGAAAGUGGUCAAGGAUUAAAGGCGUCAGUGAAAAAUAGCGACAAUUCAGAAAUUCCAAAAUUAAAAAGGCAGACAAAUCUGAACAUACAUGUUCCAACAACUUUCAAAUCAUCUCCCUUAAACACUCCAACAAUAGGCAGUGACUCGUAUGAUAGUGACUUAAAAUCUCAAGAUUCUUGUUCAUCUAAUAGUUCAACCCCUCCAGUUCUGACUGCAGUUUCGGACAUACCUGAAACUAAACCACAGAGUAAUGCUACUGACAGUACCAUAUUGGAGUUAUCACAACCAAGUUCUAGCUCAGAUAAUGGAAAUGCAAAGGAAUCUGAACCAGUGCCAGACUUAGAAGAACUUACUCUUUCUCUUGUCACAAAAGCUAAAGAAAAACAUCAGAUGUCUGACCUGAAAAAUGACAAACCUCUCGAAGUUACAAACGAGAAGCCAGUGUAUGAUGACUCUGAAUUUUCUCAAACUAAUGCAAAUUCAAAAACAAAGUCCUCCAGAAAACGAAGAGCGUCAUCCGAAAGUGUUGAAGACCGGUAUGAUGAACAUGAUCCGAAACCCAGGCAGUUGAGAAGUAGAAAACGACCUAAUCCUAAUGACCAAGAAAUUGCACAGCCUGAGGAUGCUAAAAGGCAGAAACAAGACACAUGUGCUGAUACAGUUCAAAAAGUUGAGCAUAAAGAUAUCGGGAAAAGUACAGGUUUGAAGGCGCCAACACCAACCUCACAAUUAAAUGACAGUAAUAAAUGUAAUGAGGAACUUAGCACUAAUUCCCAACACGAAUCUAUAAAGAGUGGCCUACGCACUAGAACUAAUUCUAAGACGUCUCAGCCGACAGAAGUUCAGGAGAAGGCUAAGGGGCCUAUUGGACGGGACGGCAGGAAAGAUGGCAAGGGCACCCCUUCAAAAUCUGCGCCUGAGAAAAAGGUAGAGCCAGUGAAACCCGAGGAUGGCAAGAGGCCCCCACCAUCUCGUAGAAACAGGCAGUCUCCAUCAGUACAGCCACAGGAGAGGGCUCUCUCCCAACCAGCAGGUGUUCGGGAAAGGUCUCCGCAGAGGACUGGAAAGACGAGGGGACGUAACUCCCCACUGACAGUGGAGAAUAUGGAGGAAUUAUCGCAUGAUAACAAGCGCACCACUCGUUCGGCAAAAACUAAAGACGCGAAAGGUAAAAUUCCCUGACCCACCGCCGCCCCAGCCAGCAAGUAAGGCUGCCACCGCCUCUGCUGCUAAACGGCGACGUACAACCUCACAAGACCAUAGAUAGCUGUUGUACAAACUGGGCAUCGCCCAUGGGAAACUAAACGGAAAAAUUCUCCUCCCAGUUUGCUUCUUACGAUGGUUCUAUGCAACUAGUGUCAAGUCCACCAGUAGAGGAAGCAACUGGCUAAAGCUGAAAAGUGAAUAACUGAAAAUGCUGAUGAUUGUAUGCGCUGGCUAUUGAAGCAGCAUUUAUACACAACAAAUGAGAACACAUGAGUUUUGAAUGUGUCUGUGUGUGAUCUCGUCAUGGAGUGGGCAUUCAAAGUUGGCUAUAUUGUGCAACAGGUUUAGUACCAGUAUUCAAAUGUGCUAAAUCAGGUUUAAUGUUGAUACAAUUACAUGAAUUCAUUAAGGUAUUGUCAUUGUCUAGAGACCUAGAUAUGAACUACCCGUAUACAAACCUGGAAUAGAACAGAUUAUUGUGUGGCAUUCAACAUUGACAUGUGGGUGCAGAUGUAGAAAUUACUGUGUGAUGGGCCCUACUGCACACCAAUAUUUAUACUGGCUAGUUGAAUGAAUUGAAAUUUACAGAAAAGUGCUCAUUUAUCUUAUUUUAAGCAUGUUUUACAAUGCAUUGCUAUUGGUUUGUAUUGUAAUGUUUCAUACAGUAUGUGUGAGAACAUUUUAUGGUAAUUGUUAUUGUUAUUAAUAUAAUAAAUAUUAUAGUUACCCCCUGUACAUAGAAAUUAAGAUAAUUCUUCAUAGUUUACAUUGACAUUAAAUACUGAACUGAGGUAAUAUCAUGUACAUUGUAAAUACUGGCAUGUAGUAAAAUCACAUUCAUAGAUAAUAAUGCAGUCAUUUCUUGUUAUAUUUUUCUUUUCAUUCUUUUCUAUUGUAAAUAGAAGCUGUACAUAUGUAUUAUUGUUAUAUUUAAGUAUAGUCGCUGUGGAAGAAAACGGUGAAUACAUCAUUCUACCUUCAGACGCCUCAUUGUGAUUUUUGUUAAUUUUCAUUUUAGACUUCUAAUAAUGAAUUAUCUGUUACUGAUGUAUAGUGUUAAAGAAUUUAUAUGAUUCUAUACAUUUAUUGUGUUAUUUAAGAUAUUUUUUCUUUAAUCAAAAAGUAGAUGAGUAUAGUGCGUACUGGUUUUGUAUUUUGUGUAUUUUUGUGGUCAGCUUGCACUUCAGCACAGUCGGCGGAAAAUGGUCGUCUCUUUGGAAACAAUUUAUUUGUUAUGUUAACAGUAUAAAUAAUAAUCCUUUCACUACUUUAUAAUCAAGUGUUUUACCACUUUACAAUUUGAAGAGGAAACAAAAUAAAAUUACAACUGUGCAGGUUACAAACUACCUUUACAAUUUCCUAUACAAUUAUACAUUCACAUGAAACAAUUAGACAUAUUUGACUGAAGGUAAUUAACAAAUACAGACUAUGGCAUAUAUUGAUCUAGAUUAUUCAUACUUAUAAAGAUUCUUAAAAUGCAAAUUCUAACCUAAAUUUAUCAGAAUGUUUUACAGAAAAUCCAGCCUACUUGAAAAUUUAACUCAAAGUUCAUAUUAUCCACUUAGCAUUCUCUUGGGCAGCAGUCAAUUUUUUAUGUCGGCAGGUUCACAAUCAAAUUAAUAAUGCUUAUAAGAAUAAUGACACUUCUUAUUUUUAGUGUAGUAUUCACGUGGAUAUAUGUCUACAUUUGACAACAAAUGUUUUUGUAUAGAGAUAUUAGGAAAUACUGAAGUAGCUACGACAUUAUGCUGACAUAAUUCCUUGCAGCGUGCUUUUUUACAAUUUUUAUAUUUUUGAUUGAAACAUUUCAAAACUUCAUAAUGAAUCUAUGAUUAGGUUGUGUUUAUACAAGUUUUACAAAUUGCUUUGUAGCUUCUUCUUUUCUUUUCUUUCUUUUUUUUUUGGGGGGGGGGGGUGUACUUUUUUGCAGCCAUACUCUUAAACUGAAAACAAACUGAACAUGUAAACAAUACAUUUAAAUUGGUGAAAAAAUGAGCAUUUGUCUUUAAUUAAACAUGUACUUUGCCUUUAAGAAAUAUUGUCCAUAAACCACAGCUGACCCUCUUGAGUACUUUGUCCUGUCUUGGUGGCUUUACAGUUUCAGAUCAAUAAUGUUUUUGAAGGACUAGUUUCACAUUGGUAUGCACGUUGGUCAUAUCAGUAGAUGACUCUUUUGUUUUUUGGGUUAAAGGUCAUGGCUAUUUUUACUAACAAUUACAGGCACUUUCAUUUCCGAUUAAUAACUUUUGAACUACUAGGUAUAGAGUCUUCUAAUUUGUAAUGCACAAUGGUAAUGGUCAGUAGAUGAGUCCUAAUCUUUUUGGGGUCAAUAAACUGAAGUUCAAGGUCAUUAUGACCUUUACUAGAAUAAGCAUUGACCAUGUUUAUGAUAUUGAGAAGUUUAAACCUAAUACAUUCAGUUUGGUAUUUUAAUUUCUUAAUGGUUAAUGUUAAGCAUUUGAAAAGCAGCUCCUUGCAGUGAAAAAUUCAACUCUGUUAAAGCAUUAUACAUCCUAAUUACUUCAGGAAGAAUAUACUGUAGGCUUGACAUAGGUCAGAAGCAACCAGUCAGCUUACCAACCUUAAUAAUGCUUUUACAGCUGUGGUGUUGGUGUGAAUAUAGUUAGUAUAACAGAAACAAUUCCGACUUGAAGAAGAAAUAUGUAGACAUAUGUUACCAAGUUUUCUUUUGAAUUAUUUUAAUUAACCUGUGAACAGUAUUUUGACAAACUGGCAUUACAAAUUAUAUUUAAGUUGAUAUGAAUACAGUUCUGUUGCAAAUGAGUAAUAUGUUAAGUUAGGUAUUAGAUCUUUCUAGUUCAAGUUUAUUCAUCAAAACUCGAGACAAACAGAGCAGGAAUAUCCACUUACUAAAGGAAAAUAUUGUUUAGUUGAAUUGGAUCCAUCUGUAGUAGAUGUUCAUUCUUUUAAAUUUUCUAGAAACCAGUCUUUGUUUUCCAAUGAUUGUCAUAGCCUGGAAAAAAGUCCAGGAAAGUGAAUUUUAUAUACAAGUUAAAUGUUGCAUAAACACACACAUAGUCAAGAGAUCAGUUUGGUGCAAGAUAAGGUUUAGUUUAUAACAUUGUAGAACAGUCAAUUACUCUGAAAGUGUCUUGGGGAGUCUACAAUACUCAUUUAUGAAAAAUCUUUGAGUAGCACUUUUACUGUGAACAUGUCUGCAUUGUCUUAACUUCUGUGUAUAUUUCUCCAAUGUAUAAAUUACAUUUUAACCGGAAACAAUGUUGCAUAAUUCUUGUAUGAUGAUUUUUGUUAUCAUAUACUUGAAAGCUGGUCUUUUUCAUGAUUAUUCAGUAAUAAUUUUAUUGUUAUCCCGUUUUGUUAACAUAGAAUAGUUAAUGUAUUUAUUAUACAUCAUGUUUCUUCAUUUUAAGCUUAUGCUAAGCUGGUGUGUAGGGCAAAUGUUUAAUUUAUUAGGUAAUUUCAGUGUUCUAUUAAUGAAGUAUUUCUGAUACAUUUCACUUUUGUCAUCUAUAUGCCUUCUGAACUAUCUUCACUGUACCAUUUACAUGCAGCAUAUAAAAAUGAUUGGACUUCUUACCGAUAUCAUGUACAAUUUUAUGAUUACUUUCUUUGCUAUCACAUACUUUUCAUUUUAUUGCAGCAAGCCUUAAAUUUAUUAUUUUAUUAAAACAAUACUAAGUUAACAGUAACCUAUAUAGAAAUGGGUUCUUAUAGUACAACAUAUGGCUGUGUUUCUUCCCACUUGUCUAUCACAAUCUCCCUCACAUACAACAUUGUCAAAUGUCUGUAUCCUAGCGUGCUUCUCUCACAUCUAUAUGUUACUACAGGACUUGAGUGUAGAAUUGUUGACUAUGUUGCAGUGACAACUGAUUUCUGUUUAUGUACAUUUUGUAAAGAUAUAUAAAGUAUUUGCCGUA